CUGCGUCAAAGGAUGUAACCUUCUUCUAUAUAAACGUAGAAAUACGACGCCUUCGGUAUUACACAGGCAAUCCUUUUCUAUUGCCAUAUAUACAAUUUCCUGAUCAGUAUGACCCUCUGCUUCAUUCUCUGAUGAUAUUCCGACAGCUAACCUUUCUAUUACUACAGUUUCCUCGUAUGAUGUAAACCAAAAUAUGAAAGGAAUAGUUUUUAUCCAAUCAUUUCACCUUAUUUGAUUUUGCAUAAAUUUAUAGACGCUGCGGAUCCUUUUUCUUACUAUUAUUUUCCAUGAAUCCAGAAGUCGAUGAGAAACUGGCAGGACUCAUAAAACAGAUCACCGAGACUGGAAACUGGAUAUUAGACGAAAAGAAACUAAAAUUGAUAAAAGCAACAUGUAAAAAGUCAGAUCACUACAUCACUGUGGCAUUUAUUCAUGUCAUGGCACAAUUACAUAAAAACCAUUCACAGAUUCGCUAUUCGUCUUUACAGCUUAUUGAACAAUUGUUCGAUAGAUCAAAACUCUUUAGAGAAUUAUUAACCGAAGAUUUUCCUGUAUUUGUUCAACUUGUGGUUGGAUUCAAUGAUCGAAAGUUACCACCUCCUCCUCAGAUUGCUGCCAAACUAAAACAAUAUGCACUCGCACUCAUCAAGAAUUGGUACAUAAAAUAUGGCGAAAUAUAUAGACAAAUUAGCAUCUCCUUUGACUUUUUGAUGGAUAAUGGUUAUAUGAACGAUAAUCAAACAAGCAGCUCCUUAUCAUCUAUUCAUGCAGAUAAUAUAAAUAAAGCGAACAAAAGCGCAAGGAUAAAGGCCCUACAGUUAAAUAGGUAUGAAUUAUUAAAGGCAGAUGUGAAUGAUCAUUUGGAUAUUAUCAAUGAUAACUUGGAUACCAUGGACGGUUGCUUUGAUAUACUUGUCCCCAAGAAUAUACUGGAGGGAGAGGAUGAUAUGGAUUUUAACGCGCUACUAAGAGGUGAUGCUGUACCAAAGCAACGUGCUGAUGACAGUUACAAAGAUAACAUCAUAUCCCAUGGUCUUGGCUCCAAUCGGUACAAGAUCACCAUUGACCUAUCAGAAAGUUCACUGAUGGAAGAUGUAAAAGAAACUCAGGAUAACAGCAUCAUUUUUGACCAGUUACGUGAAGCAUAUACUGUACUGGAGACAAAGCAUAUAAAGCAAGUGAAUGUAUGGAUAAACACCUUAAUUAGGCUCGACAUUGAUGAUAAGGCGGAGAAGGAAGCUUUAAUUAAAAAGCUAAUUGACUUAAAGGCAAAAAUGACGGAAGCAUCUCGAAAGGCAAAGUUAUUGGGAAUUAAAGUGCAUCAGCGCGAAGUAAAGAGUGGGCAAAGCACGCUCGAUGAUUUGGACGAAAGAGAUGACGAGUUUGCAGAUGAGGAGUUUGAAGAGGUUGAUAUACGUAAAGAAGCUGCCGAUGCAAGAGAGGCAAAGACGAACAGCAGCGCGAAAUUACCUCCCCUGCAACGUAUUUUCCCAUUAGCAUAUGAGCCGACGAUGGCAGAAGAUCCUACAUAUGCUGGUCCUAUGCAGGAUAUGUCAAAUGACGAAUCUAGAGCGGCGAAGAAGGAUAAAGGAAAACAAAAAGCAGAAGAACAACGAGAGGAGCUAUUAAAAGUUGCUCCUGUUGUUGAGUGGGGAGAUGAUUUAUAUUACUGGGACAAAGAGCAUGUUCAGUUUAAUACCAGUGGAAUAGAGAGAUCGCAUCGAUUUAUGGGCGUAGGUGAAGGUGUUAAUGAGUUACCAGAUCAUUUACUACAAAACCUCCGAAAAAGAGCUGUAUAUUAUAGACCGGAAAGACCAAAAGAGAUACCUGCAUGUAGACAUCCUCUGCAUAACGGAGGCUUGUGCCCAAGAAGAGAUCUUGUUACAUGUCCCUUUCACGGAAAAAUCAUUCCUCGCGAUGAGCUGGGCAGGCCAUUAGAUCCUUCUUCAAACAAUCCAGGAAGCUCUAAGGAACAAAGUGGUUCAAAAACCAAAAACGAUAAUGAUCAAGUAAUGGAUAAUCUCUGGGAACUGCUCGAAGAAGAUGUAAUGAAACAAAGCGGACAAGAAAAAGCUCCUUCUAGUAAAAAACGACAAAGAAGGACACUAGAUCAGAAAGCUUCAUCAUUAAUAGAUAUCAAAAAGAAACCAGAAAAUAGCUAUAGCAGACUCCAGCGUAAAUUGAACUCUUCAAAAAACAAGAAGCUAGUGGAAGAAGCAGCGGAAUAUGAACGCGAAAUGAAAUCACGGAACCGUGAAGCAAAUAAAUGGCAAUAA